GAACGUGGCACAAAUGCAAGGGCAAUAAUAUCUUCAUCGGUCUCUCCUAAUGAGGAACCAAAUGCGGUCCAACUUCGAAAUUCCACAAAUGAAGGGUCUGCAAAGUGGAGCUUUUCUUGACCCUGUUGGGGCGAUUUCCCCGAGUGGGCCUGCACCAAUCUCCAAAUUACUAUCACCCGCCGACCUCCGUGCACACUGUCUCGUCAAUAAAGAUUUACGCAACCACAUUGAGCCAUUUCUCUAUGCGAAUAUUCGGUGGGCUUGGCUAGAAGGCCCUCCUCCCCCAGUCACUCUACUUCUACGGACACUCUUACGCAGGCCCCAGUUGGCCACGUACAUCACAAACGUCCACCUUGACGGCCACACCUUCUACCGUCAGAAACUUAGAGUGCCCUAUGGCGACCUUUGGAUACAGGAAUUGUGCCAUGGUACGAUGGAUGCCUGGGUUGCUCUUUUAUUGGCACAACUUUCGAGUGUGAGAUGCUUAUACCUUGGUCCGAACUUUACGCAACAGAGUACAAUUAUUGGUAUGGUUCUCAGAUCCGCCAUCUGCGAACCAGGGUAUAAGCUACCCGACUUUCAGCAUCUCCGAGACGUAACCUUUCACCUCCAUGUCGGGGACUACUUGAAGCGCGAUAGAACGGCCGAAAAUACAGCUGGGGCUUUGUCAUUCUUUUAUCUAUCGAGUGUUCAGCGCAUGUCAGUCUCCAUUGAGAAUCCGGUGACGUGGCCUGCAGCACAUCUACCUAUUUCAUCAACACUGGUAUCUCUGGAUUCGACCUCCAUACGGGAGGCAUAUCUUGGUGAAAUACUCUCCGUCACUCCAAACCUUGAGACUCUUCGUUGGGCAUGGUACUUUGAUUCAGGUGUGGAAGAUCAAUACACCACGCCGAUUGUCCAUCUUGAUCAGAUUUCCACAGCGUUAUCACAUGUUCGAGACACUCUAACCGAUCUGAUCAUCUCCGCCGACUGCGCCCUCGGAGGCAACGAUCAAUUUCUUCCUGCGAUCAAAACGGAGGGUUCGCUGCAUGCACUAGCCAACUCCAACAUGCCCAAGCUCAAAAGACUUGAAAUUCCAUUCCCGUUUCCCGUGGGAUUCGCGCAGGAUACAACCAAACGAUUGCAGGACGUGGUCCCAAGAAACUUUAAUGAUGAUGUAACUGAUCACCAAGGAUUACUUGAAACGUGGCUGGAGGAUCGGAGGUGGAUAGAUUCGGAUCUUGAUGGAUGGCAUCCUGAGAUGAGGAGGCAGCUUAGAGACUUGGGUGUUCGAGCUGGUGUUGAAAUUGGGAUUGUUGAGUUGCCUGGUUACGGUUGA